AUGAUCGGUUCUCACCGCUGUCGGCGAGCCUUUGCGUCCCUCAGUGCAACGCGCGCAAGCAUAGCGUCACCGACACAUCGAGGCCUAAAAUGCGGCGCAAUUAGGUGGCCCAAGUCCGUUUCCCUCGUGGAAGUGGGCCCCAGAGACGGACUGCAGAAUGAGCUCUCCACUGUGCCAACUGAGGUUAAGGUGGAAUUGAUUGAUCGUUUGGCAGCCGCCGGGUGUAAAGCUAUCGAAGCUGCAUCUUUCGUCAGCCCCAAGUGGGUUCCGCAGAUGGCUGACGGCGACCAAGUCCUGGCCAAUCUUGGAAGAGCGCCGGGCGUCAAGUAUGCGGCCCUGACGCCCAACCUACGGGGGCUUGAGGCAGCGCUCGAGGCUGGUGCUGAUGAGGUUGCGGUUUUUGCUGCGGCGUCAGAGGCAUUCAGUUCUGCCAACAUCAACUGCUCAAUUGUUGAGAGCUUGGAACGCUUCAAGCCAGUCAUGGAAAAGGCCAAGGUAGCGGGGUUGCCAGUACGGGGCUACGUGUCGUGCGUACUCGGGUGCCCGUACGAGGGGCGCGUGGCUCCAGGAGCCGUUGCGGAGGUGGCGACUUCCCUGUUGGACAUGGGAUGCUACUCGGUGUCACUGGGAGACACCAUCGGCGCGGGCACAGCUGGCAGUACCCUUGUCCUCCUGGAAACCUUGAGAGAAGCGGGAGUGCCGCUGGAGAAAGUGGCCGUGCACUUCCAUGACACAUACGGGCAGGCCUUGGCUAACAUCCUCGUUGCGCUGGAGGAGGGUAUUACCGUGUUGGACACGUCGGUUUCUGGCCUAGGGGGUUGCCCAUACGCUCCCGGGGCAAGCGGCAACGUCGCAACAGAAGACGUGGUGUACAUGUUGGAUGGGAUGGGAAUCAACACGGGCGUUGACCUAGAUUUGUUGUUAGACACUUCUCUGUACAUUUCAGAUAAGCUGGGUAGGCCGCCCCAGUCCAGGGUAGCGAGAGCAAUGUUGGCCAAGCGAAGUUGA